GCCAAUCACCGUAUAUUAUUAUUUUACAUGUUCAAAUAUGUCGAUUACCGUAUUUAUUCAACUAUUACUUUGAAUGUUAUACUAGUAUAACUUUGAAUGAUAGUUUUACCAAUUACUAUUUUAUUUAUCACAAUUUCAACAAUAAUAAAUUAAAAUCCGAAUGGAUCCGAAAACCGAACCAACCCGACCGAAACCCGAACUUCUUCAAUCCAAAAAACCCGAUAAAUUUUUUGAUCGGGUAGGGUUUGAAAUUAUCAAUCCGAUACCCGAACGGGUUUACCAUUUUUGAAACCGACCCGCCCGAACCCGACCUGUGCUCUGCCCUAUCGGUUACCGCCAUGAAUCAACCACCUGUUAUAGGGAUGCGCUCCUCCUCUUCUCAUAUCUGCUCGUAACCAGGACCCAUACAGUGUUUCUCCAAACCAAGGGCCACAAUGACUAUUUGAGGGGUAGAACCGAUCAACAUGGCCUAAAAUGCCACAAAUAAAACAAAAGUUUGGAAGUCUUUCAUAUCUAAAAUCUGUCCAGAACACUUUUUCCCCUUCUUUACAAAUCUUCAACCUUCUUCUCAAUGCAUUCUUGAUAUUUAUGAUUACCCUUAUGCGAAUAAUGGACCUCCAUGCACCUGUGAGUGUUCGUUUAUCAAUUCUAACAAGUGGCCCGAUGUGAUUUCCAAUACCGCUCACAACCUUUUCUAUCAUGAAUUCCAACGGUAGAUUGUGUAUCUGGAUCCAAAAAUCAGCAUGAUUAAGUUCCACUUUAAGUGGUCUAUCAGUUAACUCUAGGCGCCUCAUCACAACCAAGUUAUGUUGAAAAAACCAAGGUCCCUCCUGAAUCACCCGGUUAAUAUCCACUUCGUGGUAGAAUUGUAUCAAGAAUUUUGUGUUUCCAAUACCUUCAAUACUAACUCCUUUGACCGGACGUCAAACCAUCGCCAUUGUUUCCCGAAAUGCAAUUGGACGGAUCUUACCUGUCACGACUCGAGCCACAACCAUGAACCUAGGCGGCUAGGCCUAUCUGCGACCUCCACGCUGCCCACCAGUGCUACCUGUUUGAAGACCAGCCCAUUUUCUUCUUUCUCUUUGAUAGAGUCUGCCAUAUUUAUCAUCCAUGUGCUUCUCCAUACACUUAACAAAGAUAAUCCAAAAGCACAAACUCUUUUGUAAUCAAAAGCACGAACCAACACUAAGACAAAAGCAAAUUGGAAUAAUCUUCCAAGCAAAGCCAACCAAAUCACACCACUCACAAGGAGCUAAAUCAACCCUCGGCGAAAACGAAAAAGUGCCGGACAACAAAUCCAAAAAGAAAGAAACGAAAACAGAGAAAGGAAAAAACUAAACCGAGAUUCUACAAAACUAAAAACCUCUAAGAGAGCAUUGACGCACCGUUACUCUAAUCCAGAUUUGCCGGUUGUUCCCUCACUCUGCACGAUCGGCAAAACGUAAGGGAAAUUGCGGUUGCCUACAUUUUUUGGGUUUCAGCUCUCUUUUAGUUUAAGUUAUCAUUUGU